AUGAGUUCGCAAACGAUUCAGCAGAUGGAAUCAGCCCGGUCGCUCGCGCUAGGCGACGGUAGAUACUAUCCUACCAUCAUACCAGGCGUGCUUCCCAUCAUCGGCUACAGUGAAGACCAGAGUGUCGACAUUCAGCGAUGGGGCGCCGACUUUCUAGCUGAGGCUUUUGCAUCGCCAACCUGGCCCCAAGAGAUCAAGCAGAACAACGCACCUUCGGUGCUUGUUACGUUGAAAGCCUACCUUGACAAUGUCGACGACAAGAGCGUCAUCAAGAGCUCCAUCCAGGCGGCCGCGAGUGUGUACCCGCUGGUCUACAAACACACUGUCUCCGACCCCAGCGAUGCGCAAAAGUGGCAGCUCAUGGCUGGCAUCAAGUCGAAUAUCCUGCGCCGAAUGGAUACAGCUGCUCCAGGUGUGCGCAUAUGUUGCGUCAAGUUUCUCCAGCAAGUCGUUCUGGUACAGACACCAGGCAUUGCAGACCCCCGGCGAGCCGAUCCCAACGACAUCUCCCUUUCUCUCGUACCGCGCGAUCAUCCUCUCAUACCAUAUGCAAGCCUCGAGGCUGAAGGACAUGGAUUAUUAGACAGGUUGCUGGACAUUAUACACGGAGAUCACAGGUUAGAUAGACAGCCGCAGACUGAUGGUACACCUCUAACAGGCACUAGUGACGGCCUUCUCGUGACUGCUACGCUGAAUAGUUUGGGCAUGUUGAUCCAUCGCCGACCAAAUGCUGCAAACAAGAUCAUGAAUAGUGUCUUCAACUUCAACCCUUUGAAGCUUGCCAAUUCGCCCAUGACACCCAAGAACAAGGUCAUCAUGAAGUCGAUUGAGCGUACCACACGCGCGCUCUUGGUGAACAUCAUGAAGCGAAAUCCUGAAAACCCAGUGAACGGGCGGAUACAGCAGUUCUUGGAGCGCAUGCAUCGCACACGGGUGGAGGUCUUUGAUGAAUCUAACCGUAAACGCCCAGCUCCUAGUGAACCGACUGAUGGACUUGAUCAAGCCAAGAGACAGCGAUUGAUCGCUGAACCUCCAAGCCGUACACCAUCUGUCCAACCGCUACCGCCCGGUGAAGUGAGCUGGCGACAACUGUAUACUCUGAACUCUGAAGGAAGCACUGCAAACUUUGACGUGCAGAAUUUCAGAGAUCCGGAGCAAUUGCUAAGGAUUGUCAUACCUGUUCUGCAGUCAGUCAACCCAGUAAAGCUAGAGCAAGCUAUCAACGCGGUGCGUGCUCGUUACCAGAUACUCCGCCAGACCGCUGCAAGCCAACCUCAACGGCCACCCACAGCUCCUGCUGCAGAAGACGAAGAAGAAUACGAACCCGACUUCGAGCCUGAAGAUGCCGAACAGAUCAUCAACAAAAUGGACGGCGUCCCUUCAGAUCCUUUCGCGUCUCAGUCCGGACCAACCACGGCGCUAGCGCCCUACAAGUUGCCCGAGGCACCUCCGUUAUCAGAACAGGAUGUUCAGAAGUACGGUGAUAUGACUGUACAACGAGCCUUCGGCAUGCUGAGCAGUGUAGAUGAGACGCAGAAGAGCAGGACCAACAAAGGCGGCUUUAAUCGGCUCGCUGCCAUCGACUACACUCGAGACGCAUGGGUCACUAUACUGUCAAGAUUGGCCACGCGCGCAAGUGCUGGCCUUGAUGACCCUGAAGAAGGCAUCAAGGAUGAGUACGCCGUCAAGAGCGCGAAGGGCAACACAAAACUCAGCGAUGCUGUAAGAGAUGGACUGUACCAGUACAUCAUGUACGACUGGAAGAAGCGCAUCGACGUCGCUAUCUCUUGGUUAAAUGAGGAAUGGUACAACGACAUGGUCCUCAGCCAAGCCGCCGAAGACUCUGCCACAAAUGGCUCGUCCAACGGCCACACAAAGUCGAAACCACCAAAAGGAAACUACCACCGUUGCGCGCUCCGUCUCAUCGAUGGCAUACUCCCAUACAUUGAGCACACAGACAAGAUUCUUCUCCGUUUCCUUUCGGAAAUCCCCACUAUUGACUACAGCAUUCUGGUGCGCCUCAAGAAGAUGGCUGAGGAUCCUGAACGCAUCGACCUGGCGUGUAACGCGUUGCACUAUCUUUACAUGUUCAGGCCACCUGUUCGAAAGAUUGUGGUCGACAUCCUAGCGGAGAUGUGGGUGGAGAAUGAUAGGGCAAAGCCAAGUGCACGCAAGCUGUUGAUCAGGUGGAGGCCAGAGGUGCUUGGCGAGGAGAGGGUAGCCACACCUGUGGUCAAGAGCGAAGGAGGGGGCGACACGCAAAUGAUCAAGGAGAGCGCCAAUGGCGCCCUUGAAGUCAAGGCUGCUUCUUAA